AUGAAUGGUGAAAUAUAGUACAAUAAAUAUAUAACAUUAAAUGCAUACGAAAGGGGCCAAAUGGACAAGCAGACUGCAAAUAGACCACCAAACAUACAAUUAAAUCCCACCCUAAUUAAAGAGUGUAGCUUAGGGUUUAUGAGGAACACAUCAAACAAGAAGAAGCAGAAGAAAAAUAAGAUAGACAUUACAAUAUUAUGAAGACGGAGGUAGAAGGGAUCAUCAGCUCAUCACAAAAUGAGGUGACAGCAAAAGAAAAGGAAGCUGCAGUAACUACUGUUAACAGCAAUUCCUACAACUACAAUAUAGAUCGUUGCUUUCUAAUUGAAGUACUUCUCAGGUGUUUAGGUAUUGAAACUAGAACCCAUCAGAGUUGCUCUUCUUCUUCUUCAUCAAGUAGUUCAGAACAGAAUAUUAAUGGUGAGGUUGAAGAAUAUGGCAAGGAACCCUCUUCCACAACUGAGCUUGACCCAUCAACAGAUCCUCCCCUCAUUACUGAAGAUAUAGGUCGAGUUCCUGCCAGAAUUAAACCUCCACCAAAGCCACCAGUAAGCAGUGGAAGUGGGCCUCAGAUUAAUUAAUAUUUGUAUUAAUUUUGCAUAUCUGCUGCUUCUCAAAGCUUUUCCUUCAGUCUUUUAAUUAAUUGCUUCCUAGCUAGCAAUUGCCACCUACCUAGAUUUUCUAUAUCUGUAUUCUUCCAUCUGCUUGUGUGUGUUUGUAACAGUCUCUCUCCUGCAUUAUUAUUAUAUAUAUACAUAGUACUUCUGCAAAUCUACAAUAUAAAUACCCUUUGAUC